AUGACGGAAAUUAACGAAGAAUUUGAUGAAUCUGAUGUUGUAUUCACCGGAAACAAUGUAGACGACGGCGAUCGUUGCUUAAAAUGCUUUACAGACUCCGAUCCGGAGGAAUCUCGGAGAGUUAAGAGGAAAAAGGUAGAGAAGAAGAGGACGAAAACGAAGGCGAUGGAUAUACCUGAGAGUUUCGCUUUGUUCCAUUACAUGGAACCAAGUUUAUUUGAAUACGAAGACGAAGAUGAAGAAGAAAUGGUGCCUCCUCAUGUGAUGGUGCGGCGGCGAGUGGUGGCGAAAAUGGCGUUUUCCGUUUGCUCUGGAGUCGGAAGGACGUUGAAAGGAAGAGAUUUGAGUGAAAUGAGGAAUUCCGUUCUGAGAAUGACUGGAUUUCUGGAAACUUGA